CUUUUAUAAAUAUUUUGUGCCCAUGGAUGGCAGUGUGACCGUAUUUCCAACACAUUCCUAAUUUGGAAACGAAAACAUGAAAAUAAAACACGGUUUUUUCCUAAAUAUCGGGGUUAGAACUAUUAAAGAAAUCUAAAUAAUAUAAAGACGAAGAGCCACAGAUCACACCACUAGGUCACACACAUACACGUGGAAAGAUAAACCCAUUGGUAUCGAACAGGAAACUUGCUUUAAUAAAAGAUGGAGCCACUAGAACCGGAUGUAUUUACCACCCAAGCGAAGGAACUGUCUGCAGUGGAGAAGCAAAAGCUGGAGGAGCAGAACAAGCGUGGUCUCGUGCCUGAAUUCAAAGCGAACAAGCUGGAAAUCGAUGCCCAGAGGAACUGGGAUAUAUUCUACAAGAGAAAUGAGACUCGUUUCUUCAAGGACCGUCACUGGACGACGCGGGAGUUCCAGGAGCUGCUGGACCAGGAGGAGUUCCACGAGAAACGAACCCUUUUCGAAGUGGGUUGCGGUGUGGGCAAUCUGGUAUUCCCGCUUCUGGAAGAACAAACCAGCGAAGAAGGGUGUUUUAGGAAUAGCAGAUUCUUCUUCUACGCGUGCGACUUCUCACCCCGAGCCGUGGAAUUUGUGCGCUCCAAUCCUCUGUAUAAUCCCAGCCAGAUAUCUGCCUUUCAGUGCGAUAUCACGACGCAACAGGUGCAUGAGCACAUACCUGCCAACAGCGUAGAUAUCUGCACUAUGAUCUUUGUGCUCUCCGCCAUACAUCCACAGAAGUUUGCAGAUGUGGUGCAAAAUCUGGGCAAGCUACUUAAGCCAGGAGGACUGCUGCUGUUCAGGGACUACGGACUCUACGACAUGGCACAGUUGCGCUUUAAGCCGGGCAACAAGAUUGCAGAGAACCUCUAUGUGAGACAGGAUGGCACCCGAAGCUACUUCUUUACAGAGGAGGAAGUAUCCAAGUUGUUUGAGGAGAACGGCUUCGAGGUAAUCACCAAUGCCUAUGUCCACCGACGCACUCUAAAUCUUAAGGAAGGCGUGGAUGUGCCGCGCAUUUUUCUGCAGGGCAAGUUUAGAAGGAAAAACCUUUGACCACAGGUUAAUAAUAAUGACCAUUGUUACGUAUUUAGUUCUUGUAUUUAUUUUAAAUCAAUAACAUGGUUCAAGUCAACGUUCAAUAAAUAUUUGUAU